GGUAUCAUAUAGGUCGACACCCCACGAGGUUACCGGGUGUUGCCCAUCCGAGCUGUUGAUGGGAUAGAGGCUCAGGACUGCAUUGGAUCUGCUGCGGCCGGACCUAAGGAAAACAGUCCUCCAGAAACAACUCGCUCAGAAGAUGGAGUACGAUCAAAGAACGAAACCGAGGCUGCCAGCACAACCAGGACACAGAGUACUCACCCGGAAUUUUCCGCCAAGUCUGAGCUGGAUUCCCGCUUUAGUCACCAGGCGACACAAUCUACAGGUGGAGCUACAACUGGAUGAUGGGCGACAAUGUGGCCGCAACACAAAUUAAAGUUUAUUUGGUUAGGUCUCAUUAUCCAUUUACUUUCAUAAUGGUGUUAUAGUUCUGUAAUUAGUCGAAUGUAAUAAUUAUUAUACUUCUUUACUAGCGUGUCUGCAGCUGAUUUGUUUAGUACUGCCAAACCUAAAACAAUACUAAGUUUGUUAUCUUUUGAAUAUUUUACACUAUUUGUUGCAACUGUUAAUUGUUUAUAUUUUUACUUAUACGCUGUGCAGGAGGUCCCAUUACAGUCUUUGACCUCGGGACCUCCUCCUGUAUAUUAUUGCCUUGUACUAUAUCUUGUCUGUUAAUAAUAAAACCUCCUUCAAUGGACCCGGCAUCAAGACCACGUAAGGCCAGAGUCGGUGCCCGACCAGCACAACCAUCAGUGCUCCAGCCCUUCUACCGCACGCUUGGAACCACACGACUUCAUCCUGCAGGGACCAGAGGUACAAUUGACAGUGGUUUACCUGAAGCAGCGACAAGCUUGGAGGGUCAACAGAGUAAUACAACAGAGGAAUACAAUAUCCGGCGAGCCCUAUCAACUGGAGGCCAGUGACACCAUAACAUCAACACACACCGAUUGCUCCCCGCCUCCUUCCUCACCUCGGCUUCGUCGGAGCACUAGGGAAAGCCGUCCGGUGCUUCGGUUUUCUCCUUGAACUGUAACUGCUUAUAUGCUGUUAAUCUGUUAUGUUAACGGGGGAGGAAGUGUGGUAACUGACACCACCAGGGGGCGCACGAUGUACAAAUAAAAGCAGAGUGGUCAGCGUGCCUACGCCCCUCACAGCGGCUGCUGUGUCUUCAUUGCCGUGCGCUAUGCCGCGGGUCCGGUCACCACAGUGGGAUAUUUGUCCUCAGACAGCUCUGUUGUGGCUUGAGCAAGUGGAUCGAAUACCUUUACAGCGGCAGUCAUCAGCUUCCAUUCAGCUGCAGUGAAGUUAUAAACCGCAUCACACUCCGAAAGCUCCACGGUGAUCGGUUUGCGAAGCUUGAGCAGCCUAGCCAUCAUUUUAUGCUUGUUAUUCCAACGCGUCGGAACAUCUUGCACUACUUCCGGGGCAUUCAGCUGCAUUUUCCUUUGUACUUCCAUAAGGCGCACCCAAGCCUUUGAGCUUCUCUUAUAGCGCCAACGAUAGCGCUGGCCUUCGUGCACAGUAGGGAAAAUCCAGGUACUAUCGGCGUCAAAUGAAACUUGAACAGCGAAGCGCAUGGCCCAAGCAUAAGUGAAGAUAUAGUGUGCGCCGUCCAGUCAUCACCAUUGACAGGUGCGCACAUCCAAUUUGGCCACACUGCGCGAUCCCCCUCAAGUGAGAAAAGUUCGCUUAUGUUCUGGUUCUUACAUUUGAAAGGGAGAAAAUUAAAAAACGAAGCUAAAAUAUUGCUGUUUACGGCGAGUCUUGUCGCACAGAUCGCCGAAACCACAAGUGCUGUCGGCGCAAACAGCGGUGCGCGUGGUGCAGUUUGCACCGUCAUCGCAAGGUAGAUUCGCCCGCGCCAGAACAGAAGCAAAAUUAUCUCAAUGGAGGGGGGGUCGCGCAUUGCGGCCAAACCGGAUGUGCGCGCCUGUCAAUGGUGAUGACGGGACAGCGUGCACUAUAUGAGUGGGCAUGGGAGCAGCGAUACGAUGUUGUUCACCAACGUCUUUCGUUUUUUCAUCCUUCAGCGUCCGGUCUUCUUCACUGGCAGCGUCGCUGCAGAUCCAGUUCUGUGCUACGACGGGAUCGCACCGGCGCUUUUCAACGGGAGUGCGCCGGCGUCAAGUGACAAAUGCUCCGGUGGCCCAUCGAAUGCUUUCAUGACGCAGCUGGUGACCGCUUCGCAAGAUUUUUACCCCGGAUCGGCAUCGACGUCAACCAUCGCUCAAGAUAUAAAUGGGCUGCACCGUCGCCACCCCUUCAGUGGGCAUGGGAGCAGCGAUACGAUGUUGUUCACCAACGUCUUUCGUUUUUUCAUCUUUCAGUGUCCGGUCUUCUUCACUGGCAGCGUCGCUGCAGAUCCAGUUCUGUGCUACGACGGGAUCGCACCGGCGCUUUUCAACGGGAGUGCGCCGGCGUCAAGUGACAAAUGCUCCGGUGGCCCAUCGAAUGCUUUCAUGACGCAGCUGGUGACCGCUUCGCAAGAUUUUUACCCCGGAUCGGCAUCGACGUCAACCAUCGCUCAAUAUAUAAAUGGGCUGCACCGUCGCCACCCCUUCAGUGGGCAUGGGAGCAGCGAUACGAUGUUGUUCACCAACGUCUUUCGUUUUUUCAUCCUUCAGGUUAGUCCAGUCUCAUCCAAGCGUUCAAAUGAUAUAUUCCUCGUUAUGCUCCCUUGCCCACAAGCGCUGUUAGAAAAUGUAUGCCAGUGUUAUUGUGUGCUCAAAUUACUUUUGUCCGGAGAUGUUGAAUUAAACCCUGGCCCUGGCCAUAGCACUCGUACCAACCCUCAAAACCCGACGCCCGAAUCUGACAGUGGCGCCAUACGCGCCCUUCUAGAGGAUCUAAGAACCCGCUCAACAAACAUUGAAGUGCAGGUCGAAAUAUUGAACUCGGUUAAGUCUAUUACAUGCAGUCAAGAGGAACUAUAGACGUGAAGGUUACUGAUAUUUCAAACCGGCUUACAAAUGUUGAGGCCAAACUUGCGGGUUUUGAAUCCGUCCGUCAGGACCUUAAUGC